AUGGUGGACGAAGACGAAGAGCUCCGAUUGGCGCUCGAGCUGAGCAAAAAAACUUUCGAAGAUGAGGAACAAAUGCGGCGUUUGCAUGAGGUGAACUUGAUCUCCUUCGAGAACCCCGAGGCGGUCAAACAACAAGAGAAACUCACCAAGAUACAGCAAUUACUCAAUUCACCGGUGGCCUAUGGUUGGAAUCCAGCGUUUAUGCCGCAUAGUCAAAGCGCCGGCUCGUUACCCUCCUCUCCCUUUCCACCGAAUCCACAAUUUCCGGGGCCAUCUGGUGUUCAACAAGCUGCUGGAGCUCCUCCUCUCCAUCCACGAAAGAAUCCAGCGCAAUCUCGGAACACUACAAUGCCGAUUCAAAUUCCACAAAGAAUAAUCUCUCCACCAAACUCCUAUUCGCUUAACACAAUGUUGCCAACAUCGGGCUUCUCGACUCCAACUUCUGCAAGACCCAUUCAAAGUCAAUUGAUGAUAAAUCCGGCUUUUGUGCUCAGUCCAUCGCCGAGAGGAACACUCCCAGCUCUGCCAUGGAAGGUUCAAUUCAGCCCAAUGCCUGCACAUAAAAGCAUCGAUACGUUUAGGAAUAGGGAUGGACCUAGCAACGAGAGCUCUCCAUCAGCAAUCGAUGAGUCAAAUCCGUAUGUCACUCCGAAGCGUCAUGAGCUCUAUCUUCCCUAUUCGAUGAUCAAAUCCCCAAGAAGAUGUAAAGAUGCGGAUUUGAUUGAUUUGAGUUCCGAUUCGAGAGAUGCAGAAGUAGCUACUGUGGAGCAGAUCUGGCGUGAAUUCGACCCGCUCUAUGUGCCACCGAGAAAGGCGUCGAUGCCGCCGGCGAGUCUCGAGAGAGUGACGCAGUUGAGCGAGAAUGUUGCGAACACACAUGUUCCAAGUCCAGCUGCAAUCAAAGAGGUCACUAAACGUGUCGAGCCAACAACUCCGAAAUCGAGACCAGCAUCAACAAUCGUUUCACCGCCUACUUUUGGAAGAACCUCAGCUCAGGAUUGGUACUCGAUCGAUUCAAUUCAGAUUUUUGAGAAAACUCCCGAUGUCAUAGAACAAUUCGAACGCUUAACAAAACGACUCUCACGAAGCGCAAAAUGUUCCCAGUUCUUCUCGAGUCCAAUCGUCAAUUACAUGACAACAACCGGAGCUACAAGCGUCAAGAUCAGUGUGGUGAAAGAUCAUACAUGGCCAGAAGGCGGAGAACGGAUCCCAUUUGCGAGAACGAUCGAGACUUCCACAAAAAUCGAGGCUCUCAUCACUGAAGUGUUGGUCUCUUUUCUUGAUGAAAGCCAAUUGACAAGAGGGGUUCCAGUGAAAGAAUAUGGUCUAAAGGAAUACGGUUUGGAUGAGUUCCUUCCGGAGGAUUCCCUGCUUGGACAGAACAUGUUUGUCGGGAAAUGCUUGUUGAUGGAUAAGGAUGUGAAGUUGGAGAUUGGUCGGAAAGUCAUUUCUGAUUUGAAUCAAACGAGGGAUGCUCUUGAGUACAAAGAUGUUCAACAGAACAGACCACGAUUCCCAUCACCAACAAUUUUGGACGCCGAGGACAUUCGAAACGCGUUGGCUUUGCUUAAAGUCGAUAUGGUGAAAUUCGAGAAAGAGAUCAAAGACAACAAUCCAUUGUCAGAAAUUAUGAAUGAAGAAAGUCUUCAAGUGGCAGCUGCUUCGAAGAAAGUCAAGCAACACGUGAAAAGGAUGUGCGAGCUAUUGUGCCAAAUCGAGCCAGUACCCGUGCAUCGACAACUUCAGAAGUAUCUCCUCUCAACGGAGGAGACAGUCAACCAGUCCAGAGACGACUUCAUCGCAGCAAUUCACGGUCUAAUCUCGGCUUAUUGCAAAAGCACCAAGAGUCGAUAUAAUGUUCUCCCAUUAAAGGAAGUCGGCAAACCUGUAAAAAAAGUCAUCGAAGUCGAUGAGAAAGUGAAAAUCAUUGUGAACAGUGUGCACAACUUGCGUCCAGAAUGGUUGGGAGUUUAUCAGCAUUUCUACGUGACAACAUCACUUUUCCAUGGAACCGAAAAUCUCGAUGGGCACGACAAAGUCAUUCCAAAAGAAGUCCAAAAGGAUGCAUUCUUUCCCUAUGUGGAAAUGAGUAUUUAUGCUCACUUCUCCACAGAGUUGCGUCAUUGUCCUCGAGAAGCAAAGUUGAUGUUUUUGUUGUGGGGAGUACGAGGGGAUGUUGCCGAGAAUGGUGGUCUGCAGGGCGGUUACCCGAAAGCCGAAGAACAACCAUUGGCUGUGGCCUCUUUGCCGAUGUUUGAUCAUAACAAUAAAAUGCGACAAGGCCAAUUGAUGGUUCCUCUUUCGAAGCCUCGUGGCCUUUCCUCGCUUGAGUCAAAUCAAACCCGAAUCGAGCCAUGGGGUGGGCAACCGUUGCUUUGUUCGGAAAAGGACGCUGUUCUCGUCAUCACGCUACCCGUUUACGAUUAUGAUGUUGUGUUUCCGGAUGUGAUCGUUGAGCAUCCUUGUGUCAAAAUGAACUUCCACAAUCUUCAAGAAGAGACCCAAGAGCUCUUGCAAGUUUUAAUGGAAGCUACAGAACCGGAGAAAUUACAACUAGAUGAUCGUGAGACUUUAUGGCAAAGACGGCAAUAUCUAGUAAAUCACCCCGAAGCCUUGCCACUUGUCUUGGCAAGUGUCCCUACUUGGGGCUUCGGAUUUCUGGAGACUGUUUACUCCCUUCUUGAAACUUGGGCCAGUCUGACACCAGUACAAGCUAUUCAACUGCUAUUGCCACAAUACCCGGAUCUCCGCGUUCGAUCGAAAGCUGUUGAAUGGAUUCAACGGGCGCCAAGCGACUUUUUGUUCAAUUUUCUUCCGCAACUUGUUGAGUUGCUAAGAUUUGAGCUCUACGAAGACUCAGCUCUAGCAGACUUCUUGCUGCAGCUCUCUUACAAGGACCGCCGCUUCGCUUUCGAGCUCUACUGGCAACUGCAACAACGUGUUGACCAUUGUCUAGCGAAUGAUUUCUCGGCCGAUGUUGCUUGUUAUGUUCGGCGAUGUCAGCUACUACAAGAAGAGCUCUUGACAAACAAAGAAGCGAAACUCUUAUGUCACAACAUUUGUCUGCAGCACAAACUUGUCAACAGCCUCGAUGAGCUGCAAAGAGAGUUGAAAGGAAUCGAUGACUUUAAUGCUAGGAUGCACAAGUUGCGGCAAAUGGUUGGCAGAAUGGACGGAGAGUUAUUGAGUCAAAAAGUUCGAUUGCCGAUUCUGCCAUCAUUCCAGAGCACGGGGAUCGAUGUCCAAAAAUGCAGUAUCUUCCAAUCAAACGCCAUGCCUUUGAAGAUCGUGUUCCGAGGAUUGAAGAGCAAUUUCAACAUCAUACAUAAAGAUGGAGAUGAUAUGAGACAAGACUCGCUGGUUCUUCAAAUGGUGCGCUUGAUGAAUGACAUUUGGUUGAGGGAAAAGUUGGACCUUCGAAUGAUCACUUUCCGAUGCACUUCUGUCGGCUACAAGAAAGGAAUGGCUGAGCUGGUCCCUGACUGCCAAACCCUUUGCGAUAUACAAAAGGCUGAGGGUGGAGUGACGGGAGCGCUCAAAGACGAUGUGCUCUGUAAAUGGUUGCAGAAACACAACUCCAAUUUCUACAGCUACAAUUUGGCUCUAAACAACUUCCGAAGAUCUUGCGCUGGUUGGUGUGUUGCCACGUAUGUUCUUGGAAUCGGUGAUCGUCACAAUGACAAUAUACUACUGACUACAAUGGGUCACGUCUUUCACAUCGACUUUGGCAAGUACAUGGGCGAUUGGCAGAUGGCUGGCGGAUUCAAAAGAGAUCGAGUUCCAUUCGUUUUCACGAAAGAAAUGUACAUCGUGAUCACCGGAAAUGAUCCGAACAGUCAAAACUAUCAAACGUUCAUCGAUCAUUGCUGCAAUGCGUUUAAUCACUUGCGAAAAAACUACAGUGUCAUCACGAAUCUCAUAAAGAUUAUGGUGUGCUCCGAUAUUCCUGGGAUCAGCCCUGACUCUUUGAGCUUUGUAGAGAAAAAUCUGAUGCUCACUUUGCCGGACAGUGAUGCAACUGAGCAGUUCACGCAGAUGAUCAAUGAAUCCUUGGAGUCAGCAUUUACACGAUGGAACUUUCUGAUUCACUCGAUAUCGCAAACAUUCAAAGGAUGGAAGACUAAAGUCGGCACGGAACAAGACGGUUUCACGCUCUCGUUUAUUCCACAAAAAUAUACCAAAGAGAUGGACGGACGGAUCCGGCAGGUGAGCUUGCUGAAAGUGGACCGGUACGACAUGCCGACAAAAGUUUAUCUCUACCAACUCGUUGUUCAUCGAGAGGGAGUUCCAGAGCCCACCUACGUCUAUCGAUCCUUUGCUGAGUUCCACGAGCUCUUCAGCAAAUUGAAACUAAAAUAUCAAGAGGCUACUCCUCAUUUAGAUCGAGGCACAGUGAUGCGAUCGAAUGUGAAAGAAGUGGCGGUGAGGAGAAUGAAUGAUAUAAAGAUUUUUGUCACCGGACUUCUCCAGAGACCUGAAAUCAAAGAUGACCCCCUCGUGUAUAGUUUCUUCCACAACAUCCUGCGAGAUAACAAUCUCGGAAAUCGUGGAGAGCUGAACCCUCCACCUGCAGCCAUGGGUGACGUACAAGUGCUACUCGAGCUUUCCUACGAUAGCCCUGGCAAAAAUUUGAAUGUUUUUGUGAAGCACCUCCGAAAUUUGCCCAUCUUAGCAACAGGACAAUCACCGGACGCCUACGUCAAGACUUAUCUCCGGACAACAAGGCUCAACGAUCCACACACCGCGAACUCCAAGCGGAAAACACCGAUUGUGAAAAACGCACUGAAUCCAACUUUUAAUUCGAAGCUUGCCUACAAUUUGCCCACAGUGACUGAUGUUGAAGAUUUCCUCGAGACACACAUUUUGGAGGUAUCCGUUUGGAAUGCUGGUGGAUUGAAGGACAAUGUGAAAAUGUAUCAAGUCUCGAUUCCUUUGAUGCAGCUGGCCAUGCAACCAUCGCAACGACGGGGAAAUCGCCAAUUGAACAAUUGGUUCUCGAUGAAGAGACUCCCUCAAACACAUGCAUAC